CCUCGCGCAUUGUUCUGUCUGCACUCGCUGCAGGAAGCGGACCACAGGACGCACUCACACACACACACACACACACACACACACACACACACACACACACACACACACACACACACACACACACACACACACACACACACACACACACACACACACACACACACACACAUACACACACAGCACAUGGAUCCGCCAUCCAACGCGGUCUGGACGCAUGUCAACACCGAAUGACGAGACCAACGCUAUGGAUCAUGGUUAUUUAAUCGCCUUACAAGUAGGCGACAAGUGGAUAUAGGCUGCCGUCAUUGGGAUCCGGCAGCAGGCUUCGAUAACCGCGGACUUGACGUGUGGCACUCGAGAUGGAGACGCUCAGCAGUAGCAGCGUUUUUUUCCCCCUUGACACAGCAUCCGUUUGAUUUGUGAGCGGGUGGGAUGUGGCUGCUCGACAGCUCCCAUGCACAUUGAGCUGACUAGUGCUGGACCGUAGCCCGUCUGUCCAGUGAUCGGAGAACAGAGUACGAGCGCACGGCCAUUAUAGAGGCUACGCUGCCCCCCGUACCCCCCUGCUCGUCCCCAUCGCCCCGGAAUGGCCGGGCGAAGCAGCUGCGUGACCUCUCUAUGGUCCGGCACCGAGCGUGUCCGGAUCGGCGAACGGCUCAAAGCGACGUUAGCCGGGGUGCUGGAGUUGGAGCUGCUCCGCUGCAAGCACCUGGACCUGGUGGACGGUGCGCUAGAGGUCAGCACCGGCGCCGCCGGUACCGUCACGGUCCACCCUGGACCGGAAGGGAACCUCGUAGGCGCGUCGGCCAUGGAUCUGGACCAGUGUUCUGCUGCGACAUCCCGCAGGCAACAGACUUGCUCUCCCGCCGAGGUCAUAUCCCCCCCCUGUCAGGGACCCCUACUGGAGAAGGGGUGUAUCCAAGGCGAUGGGCCAGUUCAUUGCAAAACCGGGGGGUUUGGUAGCUCAAGGUGGUCCAAUCUGUCCUGGGAUGCCUCCUCUGAGCUGCUGUCCCCCCCCACUCUGGACUCUAAUAGUAUGAUCCAGAUGGACAGUGACUCCAGACCAAGCUCAGGUUUCUACUCGGUCAGCGGCAGCUCUCUGUCGGACUCCUGCUACUCGGUGUCCAGCGAGGCGGCGCCGGGGCUGCCGGGGCCGCCGCCCAAGCCCCCCAGGCACGGGGGCGAGCAGCCUGCUCCCUCGGUCCCUGAGGAGCAGCCCGCUGUCCCCGGGGACCGGCCCCCGGUCCCUGGAGACCCGCCCCCUGUCCCCGGGGAGCCCAGCGUCCCCCGGUGGGCGGAGGGCGCGGGGUGCGGCCCGCAGCCCGCCUCGGAGCAGAGCGUCCCCGGGGAGGCGGACGUGGCGGUGAGGGGGUUCGUCUCAGGGGACUUUGAGACUGCCGGCCUGAGCUUCUUAUCCGACCUUUGCUCAUCGCUGAGCGACCCUCAGACGUCUACCCUGGUCUCCCUCCUCGACCCCCUCUCCUCCUCUUCCUCCCCUCACCUGAGGGCUCAACUGGACCCGCACUACUGCACAGACCUGGUGUCCCGACGCACCAAGGAGGUGUACUGCUACCCCAGCCCGCUGCACGCUGUGGCCCUCCAGAGCCCCCUCUUCACCCCGCAGGGCCACGAGUCCUCGGCCUCGACCAGCCCCGAAGGCCCCCCGCCGGAGGACCCCCCGGCCUCGGACCCAGACCCCGUCUCCCCCACGGGCCCGGGACCGCCCAGCCCUCCCUCCCUCACCCAGCUGGAGCAGUACAUCUCCCGGCUGGCUCACCAGUACCGCAGCCGCUCCUCCGCCUCCACCCUGGACCUCGCCCAGGGGUCCGCGGCCACCAGCGCCCUGCGCACUCCGAGCAAGGGCCACGGCUCCACGCAGUCCCUCUCGGCCUUCGAGAGCCGCGCGGCGCCCUCCCCCAAGCCACUGGGGGGCAGCGCGACGCCCUGCAAGUCCCUGGUGGGGAACUCGGCCAAGGUCAGCCUCAGCAGCGCCGGCAAGAGGGCCAGCAGGAACUCCAUCAACCUGGGGAACCUCCCCUCGGCCACGGGGGAAGACGUGAACAUUAACCUCAACCUCAACCUGAACCUCAACCUGCCCCCCGGCGUGGGGGCCGGCCUGGGGCUGCUGGAGAAGACCAAGAACGGCAGCGCCGGGGCGUUGAGGACCGACCUCUCCAAGGAGGCCGCCGCCUCCACCUCUGCGACCUCCCUGACGUCGUCGUCGUCGACGGCGACCCCGGGGCUUAGAGCGCGCUCCCGCAUCUCCACCUGCCCCUCCACCCUGAGCCACCGCAGCUCCCUGGAGGUAGCGUCGGGGGCCGGAGCGACCCCCCCGUUCGGAUCGCAGAACUUCUGCCGUUCGCUGGACUGGAGCAGCAGCGCCCCACCGGGGGCCGGGCUGGGGGUCCACACCGGGUCAGCCCCGGGGUCCCAGCGCAGCAGCCUCACCCAGGACCUGGGCUCCAGCUCCCUGCUGGCGGAGGACUCGGCCAUGGUGGAGGAGAUCGUGCGCCUCUCGGGCCUGUCCCGGGCCGUGGUGGUGGGGCUGAUGGAGCAGGGGGUGGAGCUGGACGUGGAAUGCUUCCAGGUGGAGCCCGGGACCCGGCCGAGGAGCCAGGGCCACGCGCCGGGGUACCCGUACCGCCUGGCCCCCCAGGACCACCCCCACCCCUGGGCCAAGAUGCGCUGCACCUCGGUGGACUCGGAGCUCACUCCGCCGCGGCCCAUGCAGCUGUCGCUCAGCGUCACGCACUCCCCACAGUCUCACUCUGGUCUCACUCCCCCGCUGCCUCACUCCCCGCGGUCACAGGCCAGUCUCACCCCGCCCCUCUCCCACGCCAACAGCCCCCUACACCCGUACCCCCCGGCCCAGGCGCCUGCCCUGCACUACCAGCCCUCCCACUGUAACUACCAGCAGGGCCCCGGCCCCUCCGACCUGCCGUCUUCCACCGCCUCCUCCCCGGCCGCCCGGCCCCUCCCCAGGGGCCACUCCCCUCCCCGCCCUCUCCAGCCGUCCCCCUUAGGCUCCACCCCCCUCUCCGUGUUCCGGCGGGACGCGCCGUCCCAGUGCUCCCUGCCCCGCGGCAGCGCCAGCGCCCCGGCCCCCGCCGUCCGGCCGAGGGGCGGGUCCCUCCGGCAGAACGCAGAGGCCGCGGGGGGGGGCGGGGCUGGCGGCGGCUGGAGGCGGUCCGAGGGAGAAGGCCUCUACAGAGGGAGGCAUGCGUCCCGGGAGCUGGUCCGGGCGUCGCCGGUGAGCAGCUACGCCCACCGGGACAACUACGGCUCCACCUGGGGGGAGGACGAGCGAGGAGAGGGCGAGCCCCGGCCCAGGGAGGCCUCCGCGCCCAAGAGGACGUCGGGCCGCCUCUGGAGGGGCUGGGACGGGCGCCUCUGGGGCAGAGAGUCGGACGACGACCGGGAGGAGGUGGACAGGGCGGAGUACGGGUACGGCUGGAGCCGGAGCGGGAGCUGGAGGAGGGAGUGUCGGAGGGGGCAGCCCAUGACGGGGAGCUGUAAGGAGAAGAGGCCCACGGUGGACAGCUCCCCCAGCUCCUCCUCCGCCGCCGCCAAGGGCAAAGGCGGCUGGGAGAAGAGGAGCUCCAGCCUGAGGCUCUCCAGGACUCUGUUCCGCAGCGAGUCCCAGGGCUUGCUGGUGCCCCGGGCGCGGCGCCAGGAGCCGCUGAGGGCCACACCCUGGGUGUCCUCCCUGGACGUAGCGCGGGCCCGGCUGCAGCUGGAGCCGGAGGACGGCGUGAGGCCCCUGGACGGGGACGGGGAUAAACGCCUGUCCUCCACCGCCAGCCUCUUCAACCUCUCCCGGUCCCAGAGCCUGGAGGGCAGCUGCCAGUCCCUCUCGCCGCCCCUCUCCUCCCCUUCCUUCUCGCCGUCACCCCCGCCCCGGACCCUCCAGCGGUCCAGGUCGCUGAGGGACCUCGGGAAGAGAAUGUUUGGCUCCAUGAGGUCCUUGAGCCUCAAGAAGAGAUCGUCAAAGAAGUGAAGCAGUGACGCCUUCAUCCUCAAACUAUUACAAAAGUCUAGUCAGUAUUCUAUUAGGAGUAAGGAUGUAAUAAACACUACUUUAAACACAUGAAUGAUGUUGCUGGAUGUACAUGCUGCAUUUCUGCAUACUGUUCUGUAUUUCUGUGAUUCAGUGAUAAUGGCUUUAGUGUGGAUGUGAGGUUAUUCUUGUUUAUUGAAAAGUACAAUCAUAUUGGCCAGAUAUUGACCAAAAGCAAAUAAACUUUAACUCGAUAUUGUGCUCAGGAUUUCGAAACGUGUAUCCUAAGAUUUGAAUGGAAGAUAUGUAUCCUAAAAUGUAUUUGAGAAAACAAACAGACCAUAAUUAAUAAAAUAAACUUCUAAUGAAUGCA